UGGACCUUAACUUGUCCAUCCCAUGCAUAGCUGCACUUCUGGGGGUGUCAAAACGAACAGUGCAUCGACGUAUGGCUGAGGCUGAUAUGUCAGUCAGGACACUGUACAGCACUCUCACAGAUGAGGAAUUGGAUCGGUGUGUGAGAGACAUAAAAUCCAGGCAGCCUCACUCAGGUUAUCGGAUGGUGAAAGCCCUUUUGCAAGCUCAAGGACUGCGGGUGCAGUAUGACCGCGUCAGAGCUUCCAUGCACCGCAUCGACACCGUUGGAGUCAUAUCACGUAUGACCAACUUGGGUUGCAUUGUCCGAAGAACCUACUCAGUUCCAGGCCCCCAGUCCUUGAUGCACAUCGACACGAAUCAUAAAAUCAUCCGCUACAACAUUGUCAUCUUUGGUGGCAUAGAUGGCUUUUCACGGAAGAUAAUGUAUCUUGGUGCAGCCUCCAAUAACCUUGCAUCAACCACCCUGGCCUUCUUCCAAGAAUCUGUGGAGAAGUUUGGUUUCCCUCUUAGGGUACGGGCUGAUCAAGGGGUGGAGAAUGUGGAUGUUGCACGCCUCAUGUUUACAGUCCGUGGCACUGGAAGAGGCAGCAUCAUUGCUGGGAAGAGUGUUCACAAUCAACGAAUUGAGAGGCUAUGGAGAGACCUAUGGACAGCUGUAACAAACAUCUACUAUGAUGUCCUUCACUACCUCGAAGAAGAGGGCUUCCUCAAUAUCGCCAAUACAACACACCUCUUCUGUUGCCAUUAUGUGUUCCUACCACGUCUAUAAGGUGACCUGGACAAUUUUCGCAAUGGUUGGGACCAUCAUCCAUUAAGAACGGAGGGCAAUAUGACCCCUAAUCAGCUGUGGGCACUGGGUCAAAUACAUCAGCCAAUUCCAGUUCCAGAUCACAUGGCAGGUAUAGAUAUGCCUCUCAUUGAGUGGGAGAACAGUGGACUUAGACCCAAGACUCUGCCGAAACCAGAGAUGUCCUUCAUAUUUCUGUGCGGUCAGAAAUACGACUCUACCGGCAGACUGCCACUCCAGCAUCGUUGUCCCAAACAUCGAAAGCCCACUGACUGAUGAACAAAUGGCAGCUUUAAGAGAGGCUGUUGACCCAAGAGCUUUAUCCCAGGCUUAUGGCUGUGAAAUCUACACUGCAGCAGUUCAGUUUUAGAUAACUGCACAAGCACUUUGCAAUGUGACCCAGGCAUCUUAACUCACUGGCUCAUGCAUCAAAGAAACAUGCAGACAUGCAUAAC